AUGUCGUCUGAUUCGCUGGUACUCGACUACUAUCGUGACAGAGAUGCUAAAGCGGGCAUCCACAACGCCAUCAACAGCUUCCUCGCCCUCGGAGGCGAUCAUCAUGACCUCGGACGCUACGAAUCCGAAGAAGUCCUGAUGCAAGAGACUGUCGUGAUAAAGGACGACCGCGGCGUCGGCUACCUGGCCAGGAAGGAUAUGGACGGAGUGGAGGCGAUGAUUUCCAUGACCGCCGUGCUCGCGGAAUGUAACCUCCCGCCAUACCGGGAUGCAAAGUCCUUGUUCCAAUCUCGCCGAGGAAAGAAGGACAUUCCCGUCAACCGCGUAUCACUUGCCUGGUAUGGACAUCCCUCGUACGACAAGGCUCGCGUAGGCCUCGAGAACAUACGCACGCAGUUUUCUCUCAAAUACGAUACGCUGGACAAGAUCAACGACAACGUAGUCGCGGGAGAGCCCGCACUAACGUCUGAGAAUCGCGUCGUGUCCAAAGUCGACCAAGUGGCAAACGGCAUACGAGAUGCGGACUUCCCAAAGGCCAUCGACCCCAACAAUGUCAUUCGAACGGUUCUACUGUCCUCUCCUCUCUACCGCUACGUGGAAGAUAACGCGAUAACUUACUCAAAGCUCAAUCUCGCGGAAAACGUUGAGGAUUCUGUCGCGCAGCGAUGCUCGCCUGAGGAGUUUAAGGUCGGCAUGGUAGUCUGCGUCCAGGCAACGCCUUGCGUGGUCCCCACAGUCAAGCACGGCUACAAGGUCAUGCUGAAGCUGAGGAACAUACUCUGCGUGAGCGAUGAAAUCUAUAAGAAGUACGUAUUCGCCGUGCGCGUCAAGGACGUCAACAGCACUCCAAAGCCAGGAGGAGGGCUCAAGAGGGCGGCGACAGAGCCAGAGUGGAUCCCCAAGAAGAAACGCACCUUCACUAUGGGCGACGUCCGCAUGAGGGAUGAAAGAGCUCUGUCCGAAGAGGCCGACGAACGGGAACGUGGUCAGGACAACGAGCUUUCCACUAAAGGCGGCGAAGCGGGCAAUAUCGUAGAUAAGUUUCGCCAACUGACAACUGGUCGCGGGGAUGGGUCAGCCAGCAGCGGGGGGGGAAACAAAGAGUAG